CAUCAUUAGAGCAAUGUUAUAAAGCAGAUUCAAGAAUUUACAAUGGUCAACCCUGCGAAGGAAAGUGAUAACAAAAUGAAAAAGCCUAGGCCGAGACGCAACCUGAAGGAAAUGGAACGCAAUUUUGUCUGCAAUACACUUGGCUGUAGUCGGAUAUACGCAUCCGAACAAUCACUGAAGCAACACCGACGAAAGAAGCACAGUUUCUUUAGCACUGCGGAGCAGACGGGCGGAGGGCCUUUGGCUCGUCAACAAUCGUUUGCAGGGGUGCGAAAAACGCAAACGGGCUUUCGGAAGCGUACAUACUCUUGUCCUGAUAUUCUACCUCCGAUAUUGGGUUUCGGAACAGCCGUGUUGAAUCCGAAACUUCAAGAUUCAUUCUUCAAAGCCAGUACCGACGUACAGUUUAACAAACAACCUAAGCUGGAAUCUUCCGAUUAUGUGGGCAAUGUGCAUAUUUUACCCCAACGGAGUGUAAGGCAGAUGGGGUUAUCGGAGGCAGAGAGAAAGAGUCCUAUCAGACACGACUUACGAAGGUCAAUUUCAUUAUGCGACGCGACGGUGGAAGAUGACACGACAAAUAAUGGCGAUGAAACUGCACAGGCGAAUAAGCCACAAAUGGCAGGUCAUAAUCUGCACCAGCUAAGGGGAUUGGAAGCAGACCAAACUAAGUCACACUUGCAGUUACAAGCACAGUAUCAGCGGCUGAAACUUGAAGAUUCUCGAGCCGCUCCAAAGUGUGCGGACAUUGUGGAACAAAAUAAUUCAUGUAUCUCAAUGGAUACGGAUAACGAAGAUAAGAAUAUAACUCAAGAAGGCGCAUUUAACGAUCUGAUAGGUUGUAUAACUCAAUUGACUAGUUCACAUGGCUCAUCCCCAGCUCAAGCGGAAAAUUCAUCGGUUGGAGAAGACGAUGGACAUAGUGAUACAUCAAGAAACACGGAAUUGUUGCCAUCUCGGGCGCGGCAGCUGUCAGAGCUGCAGAUGCAGCGUCAACUUCAAUUACAAAGUCAACUGAGAGCGCAGUUACAAAUAAAUCUGCAACAGCAACGGCAACUGCAAUUGCACAUGUUCAAGGAAAGUCAGCAGCAACAGAUGCAACAAGACGAAGAAGAGAAGCAACAUCAACAACAACGAGAACAACAACAGCAAAACCAACAACGUGAAAAACAACAACAACAGCAGCAGUUAAACCAACAACAACAGCAACAACAACAAUCUUUGCAACAAGAACGGCAAUUAAAUCAGCAACAACUGCAACAACAACAGCAACAUCAAUCGUUACAUCAACAACGACAGCAAUUAAAUUUACAACAGAAUUUGGAUCAACAGCAACGACAGCAACAGCAACAACUAUUGGAACAUCAGCACCAACAACAACAGCAACUAAACCAACAACAACAGCAAGGGCGGCAACAACAACGACAACAGCAAAUAAAUCAUCAGCUGUAUCAGCAACCGCAACCGCAACCACAACCACAUCCACAACCACAACUACUACCACAACCGCAACUACUACCACAACCGCAAGGGCAAGAUCAACAGCGACAGGAACAACAGCAACUUCACCAGCAAGGACAAUGGCUGUCGCAACGGUCGGAGCAACAAACUGAGCAGGCCAGGCUAGAUGUUCAUGCUCUGCGAUAUUUCCACAGCGACGGUUUAGCCUCACAGAAUGCAAACCCGUCUGUGCCGAUCUCAAGGGAGUCGGCGAAGGAGGCCGAGGGCCGUCUCUCUCUGCCUGAUCUCAAGCUGAAACAAGAACAGCUCGACCAAUACCGGGUACAGACAUUCGAAGAGUUGCUAUCGGCACACCGUGAAGGUAUCUCAGAGCGAGAGCGGUCGUCCUUAGACUCAAUGGCUGCGCUUGCCGCAACGCUUGACGAGGAGUCCUCUGCGACACUACGGGCGCUUAGGCCUGAUUCUGUCAGUCGAUUGCUCGGUCAGGAUCACACAAUGCGGAAGUUCGGUAUGUGCGGCCAACUCGUUGGUACUGAGCAGGUGUCUGAGACAUCGAAGCGUGGACAGGGCAUGGACAUAUCACAGCUGGAUGAGAUGCUCAAUUUGCCCUUCCAGAUGCCAGGUAUAGGUGAGUAUGAGCAGCGACAACCCCAACCUAUAUCGCGGGAAUCGACUGGCGAUGUAAUUUCGACAUGUGAAACUGAUACAAGCAGAUCAACUGUCGAGACAAGCAUGCCUACGGUCGAGACAAGCAGGCAUACGGUCGAGCUUUCAACACAGGGAUACAUGAACGCGAACACAAGCAGUUCAGAUCUUUACUCUAGGAUGUACUUUCCUGAAGUUGACCUCGAGCUGAACACUAAAUUUGCAGAGGCGAAACCGGACGGUCGAACGAAGUGAUGCUGGACCGGGUGCACCCGGCGGAUAAGAGAGAAAGCAUCACAUCAUCGAAGACAUAUUCAGAUACAUUAAGAUGAUAGAUAACAAUAUACUAACCAUUACCACUUAAAUAGCCACCUGAACGGCAAGAUGAUCAGGACCAUUAAAGUGCAAUCCACUGAUCGUGGACGAUUUAUGUGA